CUGCAUGUGCGUGCGUGUGUACUCCUACUUCCAUGGAAAUCCAACACGCCCACAAACAGUCUCGUCGGAGGAUUUGAAUGCUGAAUGACAGUGUUGGACUGAAAUAAAAACCAGCAAGGCAGAGUGGAGAUAACCAGACGGAUGGACAGAUGAAUGAACAAACAGUCAUUGGAGAAAUGAAGCUGUGACAGGAUGAACGGACACCUGCCAACCAAUCAAAGUGGCGGCAGCAACAACACCUCCGAGUUGGUGAAGUGUUUCCAUAACGAUGAUGCGUUCAAGUACCGCGCCUACACCUUCACCUACCUGCUGCUGUUUCCUGUGGCGUUUCUCUGCAACAUUGGAGCGCUGGCCGUCUUUUUCCUGCAGCGCAGCCGCAGAAACUCCGCCUCCUGUGUGGUCAUGAUGAACCUCGCCUUAUCAGACGGCAGCUUCUCUCUCACCCUCCCACUGCGAUUGGCGUAUUACUUCAGGGGUGGGGUGUGGGACUUCCCUGAUUGGCUGUGCCGACUGUUCGUCUACGGCUUCUACGUCAACCUGUACACGAGUAUCCUCUUCCUCACUCUGCUGAGCGUGCUCCGUUGGCUCGCCGUGUCCCGGCCCCUGCGUCACCGCGUUCUAGCCACGCCCACUCGGAUCUUGUUUGUGUGUUUGGGUGUCUGGGUGUUUGUGGGCUUGGCCUCCGCCCCCUUCCUGUCCAAUGGGGUGACAAACAGGGCGGGGUUUCCUCGUUGCUUUGAGCCAUCUAACCCCUCCUCUUGGGGGCGUCUCCUGGUCCUAAACUACGUGGCGCUGACUUUUGGCUUCCUCCUGCCUUUCCUAACGAUCAUUAUUUGCUACAGCAAACUCGUCAAACGCCUGAGAGCCCGCUCCAACCUCCACGGCAGCAGUCUGUCCAGAAGCCAUCGUUGUCGCAACAAACAACGCUCCGUGUACCUGGUCACCAUGGUGACGGCGACCUUCCUGCUCUGCUUCCUGCCAUAUCACGUGAUUCGAUCUCUGCACCUGCACGCCGUGUGUAACAGUUGGAAGUGUGACGUCAUUGUGGCGCUGCAGCGUGCAGUGGUGGUGACGCUGUGUCUGGCGGCGUCCAACAGCGUGGUGAACCCACUGCUGUAUUACUACUCCACCAGGAAGUUCAGAGACAACAUGAGGGACGCUCAAUCCUCUCUGUCCAGCAAGGGGGAGUCCUUCAAGUCGGGACUGGCUAUGAUAAGGAGAAGAAGCACCGCCUGAGAGACCUGAGUCAGCUCUGCUGUCAAAAAACUUCCUCCUUACUUUAUAAAAUCUUCUGCUUCAUGUCAAUGAAAACACCACAAAGAGGGUAUUUAAAUCGGUGGGGCAGCACUUUUAUAUUAUUUAUUUUAGUGAAAAUAAAUAUUUAUAGCAUUCUUCUACAAGUAAAGGAAUUACUUUUCCUACUUUCAAUAGAAGAAAAUAAAGUGAAGCACAAAACUGAAAUCUCUGGCAGCUCUGCAGACUGUGGUCAUUCAGGAGCGUCCAAGAGUCUGUGAGGAGGUUCAUGUGUUGUUGAGAAGGGAACGGAUGUCACUGGGCAGGAUAGUGGAGUCAAUGGAGUCCAUACUCUUUUCUUUAAACAACCUCCUUCACGUCACUUAUUACGAAGUUCCUAAUGUUCAGUUUUUGCUUCACAGCUUUAGUUUCAAACUUUCGGAGCUGUUAAUAAAACUAGAGGUUCAUCAUGGAGGCCAUUGUAGGUGUCAUUGAGGGGGGUCCAAGAGUCUGUGAGGAGGUUCGUGUAGGAUAGUGGAGUCACUGAGGAGGGUCCAAGUUUCAGUGAGAAGGGUCCAUAUAUGGUUUGGGAGGAUCCAGGUAUUAAGGGGAGUCCAUGGGAUGCUGAGGAGUACAGAAGCUGUUAAGCAGGCCCGGCAGUUGUUGAGGAGGGUUCAGGUGUCUCAAUGAGGUCAAGGGGUUAUUGAAGAGUCCGGGUGUUGUUGAGGAGUCUGAACAUCAUUGAAGAGGGUUCUAGGGUAAACUGAGGAGUCAUGGUGUCAUUGAGGAAUCAAGGGUCAAGAUGUUGCAGCCUUAUUUGAAAAUGUAGUCAAUGUUUUUGCCAACUCGUGACAAGUGUGGUUUUAUACGAGCGGUAAGACAAAUAUUAUGUGACUGGAGAAAUGUGAUUCAGGAUGAGUCAUCCAAACUUGUUUAACAGGAAUAUGGAAAGAGGAAGUUUCUAUAAAUACUCAUAAAAAACAAUUAACACAGAGAAUGGGGAAAAUACAUUUUAUAAAUUUCAUUUCCCUGUGUAGUCUACAACUCUUUUAGUGUGUCUGAAGUUCAUGUAACAGCGCCCUCUGCAGGUUUUGCACUAAAGAUUGACCUGCCUGAUUUUCUUUGAUACGAGUGACUGAAGGUACACUGUAAGCCUGGUGAUAUUCAAUAUAUUUCUUCUUGUUCAGACUCAAACCAGCUCACAGAGCUCUGUCGUUGUUUCAGGAAGCUACUGAGCAUUUUUUUUAAAGUUAAGCUAUAUAGUUAAAACUAACAAGGUGUCUUUAAGGAGUAUGUGAGAUUUGUGUGUGUUUGUAUGUAAAUGGUUGUUUUAUCACAUGAUAAACGUAUGAUGUGUUUUCCAGUGAAGGAUAUUGUUUACAUGUUUCUUUGUUUUUUUGAAUAAUCCUAAUAAGUUUCAGUCACGUAGACCGGAAAAAUCUUCUAAUAAAUGUCACACAGGAAACAUCUCCUCUCUUCUCUCCAUUCACACUGAAUAAUGUUGUUUACAUUUACAGAAAUGAAAACAUUCAGCGGUUACUGGGUCAUUUUCUCUAGAAGAUGUCAAAUCCUGAGGAGGGUCUCUUGAGGAGGAGAAAGUUUAUAAAGCCAUGGGAGCUUUCCAGUUAACCUCUCCCACUGCAUGAUGCAUCUCAACUGUCAAAUGUGUACAAAUAUCUCAGCAAUGGUUUAAAAGAAAAACACCUGAUGACUCAAGUACUGUUCUUUAUCCUGCAUAGAACAAAAUGGUUGUAUUUUGAAAAUGAGUCAUCAGACUGCUCCGCCAAGAAAGUAGUCUAAACUGAAGUAGUCCAUGUCCAUGGGGUCCGCAGCUGUCCGUGUAUGCGUCCGAUUUAAAGAAUAUUUGAGGCUUAAGGAGGGUGGUGGGGUGGAUGGAUGUGUGGAGGUGGUAAUGUUGAAUGCUUGUCAUAAAAUGCAAGAUAAAAUGUUCCUUUAUGUGUUGAGAAAAUCCUCUAAGCUUAAUAAACUAUAUAAAGCCCUUGGA